AUGGUUUCCACAACAAAUGAGCUGUCACCCAUUGAUCAGGCCAAGAAAAAGGUAUGAUUUCCAUAAUUGAUUUUAUUUAAUCAAGGAAAAUUGAAGGCAGCGUUCGCAUGCGGUAAAAAGUACGUGGAGAACGGCUGUAGGCUAGGCGUCGGUUCUGGAAGUACCGUCAAAUUUCUGGUCGAGUAUUUGAAGCAUGCCGUGAAGGAUGGGUCUUUAAAAGACGUUGUUUGCGUUCCGACCAGUUAUUUAGUAGGUUUUCAUAUUUUUUUUUAUAAAGGUGAACUUUGUUAUAUCUUUACGAUUUUCAGACAAGAAGAUGGCUUCUGGACGCUGGCCUAACAGUCACGGAUUUGGAUGUAACUCCAGAACUUGAUGUGUGUAUCGAUGGCGCCGAUGAGGUCACUCGAAAUAUGAGUUCAAAAAAUUUAAUUUUUUGCUUUUUCAGGUUGACCCAUCCUUCACAUGCAUCAAAGGCGGCGGCGGUUGCUUGGCUCGUGAAAAAAUCGUCCAAAACGCAGCCAAAAAGUUUCAUGUAAGGUUUGAAAGCGGAAAAAACUGAAAAUAGUAUUAUUUUUUAGGUGAUUGCUGACCACUCCAAGGAGGUGAAGAAACUCGGCGAGAACUUUAAAUUCGUGCCGAUUGAGGUGUGGAUUGAAACUUUAAUAGGAAAUCGGACUAAGAACCUUUUUUUUUGCUUUUAUUGUGCUUGAAUUUUUGAUUUCUUGAUUUGGUCAAGAAUUUUGAAGCGGAGGGGUCUGGACGAUCUGAAAUAACAGUUUAAAGGGCACCUAGCUAAUUUUCAUAAAUCCAUGCGUCUUUAAAAAUUUCAGGAAGUUGUUGUGAAUCCCUUUUUUUUCACUUUGAUUGAAACUGAUUCACGGAUGGCUUGAGCCAUCGGAAAAAUGGUCCUGACACGAUAAUAAAAGAGAUAGUGCCGGGUUGGUGGAGAGCGCUUAUUUUUAAAUUUGAUGGCGUUCGAUUAAAUAUAAGAAAUUUCUUCCAGUAAAAUUAUAUCUUUCCAGGUUCUUCCGUUUGCGGCCCAAGCCCUGCUAAAAACCAUUCCUCAAAGUGAAGGCGGCUCGGCGGAACUGCGAAUGUCGAAACAGGUCUGCGGUCCGGCCAUUACCGACAACAACAACUUUAUCAUUGACUGGACUUUCGACAAGAACCGCCACGGAGAUUGGAAAGAGGUCCAGCAGCGGCUCGCCAAUACCCCUGGUUCGUUUCAGAAAGCUCGAGAACUUUCUACAGACAUACUUCAGAAACGAAUUGAUUCUAACUAGCUUCAAAAAAAAAGCUCUGUAACUUUUCAUCCAAAAAUCCUCUCUGCAUGGAUUUGAAGUCAUUAUAGUAAACUGAAAAUGAUAAAAAGUCUUUGCUUUAGGUUUUUUGAACCUUGUGGAAUUUCAAACUAUCCCUAAACAAUAAUUUCCAGGAAUCGUCGAGACAGGACUGUUCAUCGACGUCGUGGAGAGCGUUUUCUUCGCCUACGACGACGGAUCCGUCAAAGAAAUCCUGAAAUCUGGAAAGAAGCUCGAAAUUGAGAGCUGA